AUGUCGCUACGAACACUUCCGAUUCGGCCAGGCCAGAUUCGAGCAGCUGCGCUUGCACUGAGAGCGUCUCGUGUAUCCAAAUUCGGGAUUCGAUACUCGAGCACAGCCCCUGUAACCAUUGCCGAUGGCCAAUUCUGGCGUUCCCUUAUACCAAAGCCUUUGCGAAAAGAAAACCGUCAAUUGAGGAAGAAAUCGAGAGAAUGGAACCCGGCGACGUUCUUUAUUGUCAUAUUUCUUCUCAUCGGAUCAAUGUCGAUACAGAUGAUUGCGCUACGAAAUUCUUUUGAUCGAUACAUGCGACAAUCAGAGGCCAGGAUUGCGUCUUUGCGGGAGGUUGUCGAGAAGAUCCAACGGGGAGAAACGGUUGAUGUUGAGAAGGCACUCGGCACUGGCGACCCUGGAAAGGAAGCGGAUUGGGAAGAAAUGCUCAAGGCCAUUGAGCGUGAUGAAGCAAAUCGCAAAGCGAAACGGGAGAAGGCCGAGCGAACUGAGCCUACAACCGUAACUGCAACUGCAGCACCAGUUGCCGAAGUGCAGAAUACGGAACCUGCUCAUGCUGCACCAGCAAAGCCAAAAGGCGGAAGCUUCAAAAACUUCUUUUAG